UCAAGGAUCUGCUUGUUGUUCACACUUAAAUAUCAACUGGGAAUUUCUGCAAAGGACUUCAUUGACGAUCGUGAGCCAGGAUGUCAUCACAAAACUGCUCAGUUGAUCUAAUGGCUGAAAAAGAGGAAUGGCCUUGUCCUCCAGGACAAAACUGUGUCAACAUGACCUCUGGCAUGAAUGUCAGUCACAUUGAUCUGGAUGAUGCGUGUCUGACGGUGGAGGGGUUUCUGGAGAAAUAUCUUGGCCCCCGACGGUCAUCUGUGUUCCUCCCCGUCUGCCUCAUUUACCUGCUUAUCUUCUUGACCGGUGUUGUGGGGAACGUGCUGACAUGCAUUGUCAUUGCACGCAACAAGGUCAUGUGGACGCCGACAAACUACUACUUAUUCAGCUUGGCGGUGUCAGACCUGUUGGUGCUUCUACUUGGGAUGCCACUAGAGCUGUACGAGCUUUGGCAGAACUACCCGUUUCUCCUGGGGAAAGGAGGCUGCUACUUCAAAACCUUCUUAUUCGAGACGGUCUGCUUGGCAUCCAUCCUCAACGUAACGGCGCUGAGCAUUGAGAGAUACAUUGCUGUGGUGCACCCGCUGCGAGCAAAGUAUGUUGUGACACGAACCCAUGCCAAGCGCGUCAUCCUCACAGUGUGGGGUGUGUCAGUGAUGUGCGCUGUGCCUAAUACAAGUCUGCAUGGGAUAUUCACGCUGCACAUUCGUUCCACUGGUCCAGCUGGUUACAUUAAUGAAGAGAUUGCUGACUCGGCCAUCUGCACUCUGGUUAAACCCCGCUGGAUGUACAACUUGACCAUCCAGCUGACUACUUUUCUUUUUUUCAUCUUGCCCAUGCUGACAAUCAGCGUUCUGUACGUGCUCAUCGGACUGCAGCUGAAGCGUGAGAAGAUGCGCUUGGCCCUGGAGGCCAAGUCGGGCUUUGAACAGGACAGCUUCUGCAACAUCCGCACACAGCAGCAGAAGGCGCGUCGCAGGCAGGUCACCAAAAUGUUGUUUGUUUUAGUUGUUGUUUUUGGCAUCUGCUGGGCCCCAUUUCACACUGACCGCCUCAUGUGGAGCUUCAUCAGUGACUGGACGGACAACCACAGGGAAAUCUUUGAGUAUGUGCACAUCAUCUCAGGAGUGUUUUUCUAUCUCAGCUCAGCGGUCAACCCAAUCCUGUACAAUCUCAUGUCAACACGCUUUAGAGAAAUGUUCAGGGAGGUCAUGUGCCAUGGACCGGAUCAUAUGAGUCCCAGAAAACACUCACUCAGUGUCACCCGAGUGACGCUCCGCAGCACAUUAGGCGAUGGACCGCUCAGCAAUGGUGCCACUGUUGCUGAAGCCGAGGUAGAGGAUGGAGAAGUGAAAAUGAAAGAUGAAAAUACUUUAAUAUAUUAA